GCACGCUGCACUAUAAAUACGUGCCGCGCGCCGGUCGCGCCCUCUCUGCGCUGCUGCGGUCUCCCAAGAUGGCGCCGCAAAAAGACAAAAAGCCCAAGAAGUCAACCUGGAAGUUUAAUUUGGACUUUACUCAUCCUAUGGAAGAUGGAAUUUUUGAUUCAGGAAAUUUUGAACAGUUUCUCCGGGAGAAGGUGAAAGUCAAUGGGAAGACUGGAAAUCUCGGGAAUGUUGUUCACAUUGAACGCUUCAAGAAUAAAAUCACGGUUGUUUCUGAGAAACAGUUCUCUAAAAGAUAUUUGAAAUACCUUACCAAGAAGUACCUUAAGAAGAACAAUCUUCGUGAUUGGCUUCGUGUGGUUGCGUCUGACAAGGAGACUUACGAACUUCGCUACUUCCAGAUUAGUCAAGAUGAAGAUGGGUCAGAAUCUGAGGAUUAGGUCAGGCCUCCCCGGAAGGAAGAGGCUUUCCUUCACUCAUGAAGUACUCAUAAGAAAGAAACAUCCAGAAAGGGAUUUUUUCACUUAUUGGGCAAUUAAAAAAUUGUAUUCUUAAACCUCUGUUUUAUUUAUUUUUUAUUAAAGAGUAUUCUGUUUGUGUGA